AUGGCUACCCUUACACCGCUGAGCCAUCUUCAGAUUUGCAUCUAUAUGCCAUGCUCGUUCUCUCUUUAUUUCUACUUCAUCGCACAAUUCUCACAGAUUGUUCCUGCGUGCCGUAUCUUCCAGCAAAUGCUGCGGAUAUCUCAGAAGCCUUUAAUCGAUAUUUCCCUCUUAUGGAGUUGGACAGACAUCCAACACGAUGAGCGGAUCUCUCAAGUUGCCGAUCAGUUCGUGGAAAAUGUUGAGGAAGCCGCUCGGGCACAGGCCACAUUUCAUAGAUGCCAGCAUCUCAACUAUGCGGUUGGUCAUCAAGAUGUAUACGGCGGGUAUGGAGAGAAGAAUCGGAGACGCCUGCUAGAGAUCAGCUCAAAGUAUGAUCCAGAUAGGCUGAUGCCAAAAAUGCGUCCAGGUAUCAUCCAGUUAUCAGGUUCUCAGAAGGUGUAA